AUGAAAUUGGAUAUAGGCCAUAUGCGGUACCUUACCGCGGACGAUUUUAAAGUGCUGAAGGCUGUGGAACAGGGCUCGAAAAACCACGAAGUGGUUCCCACGAGCCUGAUUCAUCAGAUAUCCGGCAUGAGGGCGAUCUCCGGGACCAAUAGAGCCAUUGGCGAUCUUGCCAAGGUGAAGCUUAUAUCGAGGGUAAGGAACGCCAAGUACGACGGAUACAAGCUGACUUUCAAUGGAUUCGACUAUUUGGCUGUCAAAUCGAUGCUUAAUAAAGACACGGUUUAUUCAUUUGGGAGCACCAUCGGCGUCGGGAAGGAAUCCGACAUCUACCAAGUUAGCGAUAAGAAUGGUGUAGCUAAGGUCAUGAAGAUCCAUAGACUGGGAAGAACUUCGUUCCGGACGGUCAAGAACAAUAGAGAUUACUUAAAGAGAUCCAACCAGGGCACGAAUUGGAUGCACCUAUCCUCGUUGGCAGCUAACAAGGAAUACCAGUUCAUGUCACUGUUACACUCAAAGGGCUUUAUAGUACCUGAACCAUUCGAUAGUUCCCGUCACAUGGUCCUGAUGGAACGCAUUGAUGGCUUCCCAAUGAGAAAUCUGAGGAAGCAUCGGAAUAUACCGAAACUUUACAGUGAUCUCAUGCUUUUCAUCCUUAAGCUAGCUAAUAGCGGAUUGAUUCAUUGCGACUUCAAUGAGUUCAAUAUCAUGAUCAAGAAUGACGUCGAAGACUCAACCGACUGCGGUUUCGUGGUGAUCGAUUUUCCACAAUGCAUAUCAAUUGAGCACAGGGAUGCAGAGUUUUACUUCCAGCGAGACGUCGAGUGUAUCAGACGAUUUUUCAGGAAGAAAUUGAAGUACGAUCCUAAACCUGAUGUGGCAAUGCUCGACGAAAGCGGAUUCGGUGACGGAUACAGAUAUGCAUACCCGGAGUUCGGCAGAGACGUUUGCAGGUGCGAUAAUCUUGAUGAGCUCGUGCAAGCUUCUGGAUUCAGUAAGAAACAUCCCGGUGAUAGAUCCCUGGAAGAAGCUGUUGACAGUAUGCGGAACCAUGAGUAUGUCUCUGACGAGGAGAGUUACUCUAGCCAGGGAGAGGAUUCUGACUAUUAUAACUCAGACGACUAUGAAGAGGACGAGGAGGCAGAAACCACAGAUUCCGAGGAUGACGAAAAUGAACGCAUCAUCGAAGCUCUCACCACCGGGGUUGGGAACUUGAAAAUGGAUAAAUUAGGCAAUUACAUACUUGAGGAUUGA